UAUGAUCUUAUUGCGAAAUUGUAUUCCAUUCCAGGUGUGUAGGUAAUGCGGCAAAAGGGGAGAUCCCAUAAUCGAAGAUCAAGGACGUUUUCUAGAUCUCGCAUUGCCAUUGAGGGUUCUUAAUCACUCUUCAUUCUUCCAAAUCCACCAUUGUUUUCCUUCUUCUUCUCUCUCUCUCUCUCUAGAAUCGCGUCUCUCACUAAAUAGCCACUCACUCCCAUUGUUACUUGCUGCUGUUUGUCGUUGUCAUUUUUUCCAUGGCUGCCGUUCAAGAUGAAGAGCGCGAGAUGCAAAAGAGUUACUGGGUUGAGCACUCCGUCGACCUCACUUUGGAAUCUAUGAUGCUUGAUUCCAAAGCUUCUGAUCUCGACAAAGAAGAAAGGCCUGAGGUGCUAUCUUUGCUCCCACCGUAUGAAGGAAAGUCAGUUCUAGAACUGGGAGCUGGUAUUGGCCGUUUCACCGGUGAAUUAGCCAAGAAGGCAGGCCAACUUGUCGCUUUGGACUUCAUUGAAGGCUCAAUAAAGAAGAAUGAAAUCAUCAACGGACAUCAUAAAAAUGUCAAGUUUAUGUGUGCUGAUGUCACCUCUCCCAGUUUGAGCUUUCCUGACGGAUCUUUCGACUUGAUAUUUUCAAACUGGCUGUUGAUGUAUCUCUCUGACAAAGAGGUUGAGAAUCUUGCCCAGAGAAUGGUCAAAUGGUUGAAGGUCGGUGGGUACAUAUUUUUCAGAGAAUCUUGUUUUCAUCAGUCUGGAGACCACAAGAGAAAGAAUAACCCAACUCAUUACCGUGAACCAAGAUUCUAUACCAAGGUGUUUAAAGAAUGCCAUUCGCAUGAAAAUUCUGGAAAUUCAUUCGAACUUGCUCUUAUGGGUUGCAAAUGCAUUGGAGCUUAUGUCAAAAACAAAAAGAAUCAGAAUCAGAUUUGCUGGAUGUGGCAAAAGGUAGGCUCAGAUGAUGACAAAGGAUUCCAAAAGUUCUUGGAUAAUGUCCAAUACAAAUGUAGUGGAAUAUUGCGUUACGAGCGUGUCUUUGGACGUGGCUUUGUCAGCACUGGAGGAAUUGAUACUACACGAGAAUUUGUAGAGAAGCUGGAUCUCAAGCCUGGGCAGAAAGUACUCGACGUUGGUUGUGGAAUUGGAGGCGGUGAUUUCUUCAUGGCCGAUAAGUACGAUGUUCAUGUUGUUGGAAUUGAUCUCUCCGUCAAUAUGAUUUCUUUCGCUCUUGAACAUGCAAUUGGUCUCAAUUGUGCCGUCGAAUUCGAGGUUGCUGACUGUACCAAGAAAGAAUAUCCCGACGGAACCUUUGAUGUCAUUUAUAGCCGCGACACAAUCCUUCACAUCCAAGACAAACCUGCACUGUUUAGAUCAUUCUACAAGUGGCUCAAGCCAGGUGGCAAAGUACUCAUAAGUGACUACUGUAGAAACGUAGGCUCUCCAUCUGCUGAAUUUGCAGAGUAUAUUAAGCAAAGGGGUUAUGAUUUGCAUGAUGUGAAGGCUUACAGCCAGAUGCUUGGAGAUGCUGGCUUUGAUGAGGUCAUUGCUGAGGAUCGAACCGAUCAGUUCAUAAAAGUUCUUGAGAAGGAACUGGAUGCAGUAGAGAAGGAUAAAGAAGAAUUUAUAAGGGACUUCUCUGAAGAAGACUAUAAUGAAAUAGUUGGUGGAUGGAAAGCGAAGCUUGUUAGGAGCUCGUCGGGCGAGCAGAGGUGGGGUUUAUUCAUUGCCAACAAAAAGUGAAACCCUUGGUAGUAAUUAAGUGGUAUUCACUAUUUAGUAGCUUUUGUAUGUUCUAAGAUAGUAAGAAGUUGGUUUUUACUUGUUCUAAUAAAAUUGGUUAUUGAUGAUUUUGACCAAUUGAAUGAUAGUUUCUACCAGUUUAUGAUGAUGACUUUCACUGUGUUUGUAUCCUUAUGGGGAUUAACUAUUUCUUUUUAUCCGACUUUUGAUGGUUUGUUUCGAUUUCUAUUUGAAUCCAAGAUGAAUUUUUUUU